AUGACUAAAUUGCGAAUUGCUGUCCAGGGUUGCUGUCAUGGUGAGUUAAACAACGUUUAUAGAACAGUAUCUCGAAUGAACUCAAACAAAAAAAUUGAUUUACUGCUCAUCUUGGGGGAUUUUCAAAGUCUCAGAUCGCCAGCUGAUUUCGAUUCUAUUAGUAUUCCACCUAAGUUCAGAAAGUUAGGAGAUUUUCAUAAAUAUUACAACAAUGAAAUGAGUGCACCUGUUCCUACAAUUUUUAUUGGCGGUAAUCAUGAAUCAAUGAGGCAUCUCAUGUUGUUACCGUACGGGGGUUAUGCAGCCAAAAAUAUAUACUAUUUGGGAUAUUCUAAUGUAAUAUGGUUUAAAGGUGUAAGAAUUGGUUCUUUAAGUGGAAUUUGGAAGGAAUGGGAUGUCGAUAAACCUAGAUUUGAAUGGGAUGUAUUAGAAUCGCAACAUUGGCAAAGAGGUAUCAAGUCCCUAUACCAUGUCAGACAAAGAGAACUUCUACCAUUAUAUAUGUUGGAUGACUCUAGACAAAGAAUGGAUAUCAUGUUAAGUCAUGAUUGGCCUAAUGAAGUAGUUUAUUAUGGAGACGUUGAACGACUUUUGAAAACAAAGCCAUUCUUUAAGAAGGACAUCAACAAUAAAGAACUAGGAAGCCCCAUCAACAGUGAAUUACUUAAUAGGAUGAGUCCCAAAUGGUGGCUCAGUGCUCAUUUACAUGUGAAAUUUACUGCGGAAGUUAAUAAUGACUCCAACGACGAAAAUGGGCAAAAACCCAAGUCGGACAGCAAGAACAUGGAUGAAAUCAAUUUGGACCUGGACUUGGAUUUAGAUUCAGAUUCAGAUCCAGAUCCAGAUUCAGUGGCAGAAAAGAAAGUUUCAAGGACUACAUCAUUUUUAGCCUUAGAUAAAUGUAUGCCAAGAAGACAAUGGUUAGAAAUAAUUGAGGUAGAAGCUGAUACAACUCAUGCAUCUUAUAUCAAUGAUGCAAUGUAUUAUGAUCCUGAGUUUAUUGGUAACGUACAAUUUAUAGAAAAACACAAGGAUAUACUCUAUACAAAGAAAUUACAAGAUUUUAAUUGGGCCCAGCUGAGAAAAGAGAAGAAUGAUGAAUCAAAUGGUAGCGAUGACAUAGAGAACUAUAGAAUUGAAAAUUAUGAGAAACCCAUCCAAAAAAAAGAAGUCUUGCAGACAGAUUCAUUUAGGAAGAGGUUUCUUCAAACUAAAUAA